CUAGAGCGUCGCUGCAGGAGCCGCGUGUGACCUUCCCACGCGGAGCGAUGCUGCCGGCGGCCGCUCGCCCCCUGUGGGGGUCGCGUCUGGGACUGCGCCUCGCCAGGCAGCCGGUGCCCCGCGUGUGCGCCGCGCGCCCCCUGAGCUGCAGCAGCCGUCGCCGCGGCGAGGCCCUGGCCGGGGCGCCCCUGGACAACGCCCCCAAGGAGUACCCCGCCAAGGUGCAGCAGCUGGUGCGGGACAUCGCCGGCCUCACGCUGCUCGAGCUCUCGGACCUCAACGAGCUCCUGAAGAAAACGCUGAAGAUCCAGGACGUGGGUGCCGUGCUGCCCAGCGCUGGGGUGGCUGCAGGUGCCAGCUGCACUGCCCCUUCCCAGGAGUCUGAAGAAGACGUGCCCAAGCAGAAGGAGCGCACGCAUUUCACCGUGCGCCUCACGGAGGCCAAGCCCGUGGACAAGGUGAAGCUCAUCAAGGAGAUCAAGAACUACAUCCAGGGCAUCAACCUCGUGCAGGCCAAGAAGCUGGUGGAGUCUUUGCCUCAGGAAAUCAAAGCCAACGUGGUGAAGGCCGAGGCGGAGAAGAUCAAGGCGGCCCUGGAAGCCGUGGGCGGCACCGUGGUCCUGGAGUAGCCACGAGGACUGAGGACUCGCAGGCCGGCCCCUGCCACCCCAGCGCCAGGGACUUGGGGAGCGGGGGUCCAGCACAACGUGGCCAGCCACGGGCAGACAGGCCCACCUGCUGUGCUGGGAGGGGGCGGCAGCCGAUGGCCUGGUGGACACUCCUGCUGCUCUGAGACAAAUACACUGUGGCGGCUCCUUCGAUGCGGGCUCUGCGUGCGUGCAUGGGGGGGUGCCCCAGGGGAGGCCUUGAGGUGCACUGGGUGCUCUGGGUGCCCAAGGGGUCGGGGGACAGUGGGCCCCACAGCAGGCCUUCAGGGGCCCUGCCUUCUGGCUUCGGUCUCUUGCAAAACCAGCCAGUGCCUGGGGGUGUGGCCCAGCCCGGCUGCCGCGGCUUAACGACUGUCCAGCAGCAGGUCCUGGGCGCACUGCCCCCUGCCACCCCGGGGAGACUGUGGCCACCCCGGAGCCAAGGACUUGCCACUGGGAGAGGGGGCUGCCUUGCCCCGUGAGGGUCCCCAGGCCCUUCCCUGUGGCCUGUGGGUACCGGCCGAACCCUGGCGUGCAAGACCACACCUGCCUGCAUGGAAGUGGGUGUGGGCACCCUGCAGGAGCCAGGGCUCUCUGCUUGGUGGCCCCCAGGAAACGGUCAGGGCCUUGACUGGGCAGGCUGGUCUCCGGCCAGGCCCCUCCCGAGGCACAGGGUGCAGGAGCCACACACUGGGAAUCCUGGCUGUGCAGGCAGGUGGGGCUGGCGGUCUGCUCUGUCUUUUCUCAGCUCUUCAAAUAAAACUUCAAAGCAAAUG